AUGGUUGAAGAAUGGGAUAUGAUCGUGGUCGGGGCAGGUUGGUUUGGUCUCGCCGCCGCCAAGGUCUACCACGAAUUCCACCCGAACGAGAAGCUGCUCGUCCUCGAAGCUGAAGGCAGCGUCGGUGGCACCUGGAGCGCCGGGCGUAUCUACCCCGGCCUGAAGUCCAACAACCUGCUCAACUCCUACGAGUAUCCUGAUCUGCCAAUGGACGAGGCAACCUACGGCGUCAAGGAGAAUUGCCACAUUCCCGGGGCCGUCCUGCACCGCUAUCUGACAGACUUCGCCAAGAAGUUUGGCGUCUUCGAGCGAACGCGCUUUCACACCCGUGUAGUUGAACUUUCGGAGUCCGGCCAGAAAGGCUGGGCGCUCAAGGUGAUCACAUCGAACAACGAAUCCACCCUCACCACCAAGAAGAUAAUCCUCGCCACCGGUCUGACGUCCACCCCCAACAUCCCCCAAUACCCUGGCCUCGAGCACUUCACCAAUCCAGUCUUCCACGCCAAAGACUUCUGCAGAAACGGCGACACCGUUCACAUGGCUAAGCGCGUGACUGUCGUGGGUGGCGCAAAAUCCGCCUACGACGUUUCCUGGGCAUACGCCAACUCUGGUGCUGAGGUUGACCUCGUCAUCCGGCCCACGGGCAAUGGGCCUGUAUGGCUAUGUCCGCCUUGGGUGAUGGGUGGCGCGAAGAAGCUCGAGAAGCUGCUGCAUACGCGGUGGAUGACGUGGUUCUCGCCUUGUCCGUGGGGCGGCGAAGAUGGCUUUUCAUGGGUGAGGAACUUCUUGCACGGAACGGUGGUGGGCAGAUUCAUUGUGAAGCAGUUCUGGGGUGGGCUGGCGGAUGAUGUGGUCAAAUUGAAUAACUAUGAUGCACACGAAGAGACGAAGAAACUAAGACCUUGGAACGAGCCGUUCUGGAUUGGGAGUGGGCUGAGUAUUCACAACUAUGAUUCGAACUUCUGGGACAUGGUGAAGAAGGGGCAGAUCAAGGUGCAUAUUGCGGACAUCGACCACCUCUCGGGCGAUCCGGACACGGUGCAUCUAGACAACGGGGAGAGCUUCCCAGCGGAUUUCCUGAUCAUGGCGACGGGCUGGAAGAAGGAGCCUCAGUGCAAUUCAAGCUUGGACCUAGUGAAACAACUUGCUACAGAUGCUGAUGGGGAGAUUCUCAAGCGCUUCCCGCGCUUAGCAGAUCAACCUUCGCUGCCAUUCAAGCCCAAAAACGAUCCCUUCAGACUGUACCGGUUCAUGGUGCCGCCAACGAGGAUCAACGAUCGGAACAUCGCGUUCGCAGGACUCGUGAGUAGUGUCUCAACAUCCAUCUGUGCACUGGCGCAGGGCCUGUGGAUCUCAGCGUACCUGGAUGGUCAGCUAGAUCGAUUGGCCGGCAGCGAGGACGAGGUCACACAAGAGGUGAUGAUACACACUCAAUGGGGACGGUGGCGGCAUCCUACGGGGUACGGUGCCAGCCUGCCAGACUUUGUCUUUGAUGCUAUACCAUACGUCGACUUGAUGCUCCGCGAUUUGGGCCUCGAGAUUAACAGAAAACCGAGCUUCUGGAAGCAUGUCACUGAGCCGUAUGCGCCGCCUGAUUACAAGGGCUUGGUAGAUGAAUGGAAGGCGAGUCACUAG